ACGAUUCUCAAUACUGCUGUUACUCAGAAUCAACCAAGUGCACCCCAUUCUCAGAGGGAUUCGCUCGCCGACUGUGAUGGGGAAACCGGAUAAAGAGCGCCUCAUUCGAACUCUCAACUCGCAUCUGAACACCAUCCAUGAAACUUUUCAGAUGUUGGAUCAAAAUCCAUCAUCUUCGCUUGAAAAGGUGAGCUGGGAGGAUGUUCUGAAAAUGAGCGACCAAGUCUACAAGCAGGCGACUCUGGAAUGGUGUGGACUGGAGGAAGACUAUAAGUUACAGAAAUUGAGGAAAACAUGGCAUCUUAUGCUGCAGGGUUUCCUCCUGGUUUCCCAUGGGAGUAAAGUGGGUGCUGGCCCUACUUUAUCUUCUGUUAUCCAUGCAUCUGUGAAACAAGUAAUUGAUUCAAGUUCCAAGUUAUGGAAGGAAUCCAUCUCUUUAUAUGGACCUCGGGAUAGUAAGGAUCAAAACCAAGUAGUUCCGCAGUUGGUUGGUGCAGUUUGGGAAGCUUGCUCUUCUCUUAAGAAAGCUCCUUCCACAAAUGUAACUGCAAUUGGCCGAGCAAUAAUGCAGGUUGCUGUAUCAGUGAAGGACGUCCUCCGAGAAAUGAAGGAGCUUAAACAAGGUCCCUCUGACUUGGACGACGCUCCCGAACAAUCAUCUAGCAAGGUUGAAAGCAGUUUGCACUUGCAGGAUGAGGGUAAUACAAGCGGUGAUGCCGAUAUAGGUAACGAUUUGUCAGCCGAAGAGAUGAGAGUUGCUCAAUCUGCUAUUAGCAUCAUAUCUUCAAUACUUCAAGUUAUUAAGGAACUCAUUCGCUCUAUCACUAGUUUGCUUAAGCUGGAAAAUGAAACCAACGAAAGUAACUUAGCAACCUUGGAGAAUCUAUUGAGGCUAUGCCAAGGAAUUGGAGUACAGGUCGACGAGCUUGGAGCUCGUCUUUAUCCCCCACAAGAGGUCCCAGCCAUUAAAGAAGCUUCUGAGAAAAUUUCUAGCUUUCUUGACAAUAUGCAGGCAGAGUUGGGAGGUCUUAAUGGUAAUUCGGAAGGCUUUCUUCAGGCAUGCAACAAUCUCCGAAAUUCAUUGAAGCAGCUCGAGAUCGAACUAGGUGGCUUCACAGAUUCUGAUCUAGAAAGUAGAAUUCUAGAAAGUAGAAGGCAGAAUGUAACGUUAAACGUCUAAACGAGAUUAUCCAUCUAAUCUGAUAUAUCUACAGCCUCGGAUCCAGUUUUG